AAAAUGUAUCAGAAGAUUUGUAUUUACUGAAUAAGGAAAAUUUGAAUUUGCAUUCGGAAUUGGAACGAAUUAUGGCACAACACGAUGAACUUUGGCGCUUUACCGAUCACCUCAACGGACCAUUCAAUUACGUAUUAACAAUUCUAUACGGCAUUUUAUUAUUAGAAACAAGUCUACUGUACUUUGCUCUCAUCUUUUCGAAAAUGAAAUUUGCGUUGAAACUGUUUUAUUCUUCAAUGUGUCUUAGCUUCACUUUCCUUUGUAUCGUAGCCGGAUUUCUGUUUUCUGCUUUUACAUCUACUAUGCAAACGUCCUUUCAAGAUAUCAGAAGAUUUGCUGGCUGCGAUCUCAAAUUGGAACAAAAGUUAAAGAUUCUAAACUUUAUGAAAAGAUUCGGUAAAGAUUGCCUGUGUUUGACAUUUAGAAAUUACUUUAAGGUUACAAAAAAGUUUCCAAUAAAAAUGGGAAGUUCUUUACACACUAUAUUUUCUGGUCUUUUGAAUAUAAAGAAAGUUUCGUAGAUAAAAUUUAACAAACAUGUUAAAAAGACCAAAGUGAUGACAAGCUCAUACAAAAAGACAUGGAAAACGGGGUACCCCUUGAAUUAUGGUGAGACUAACCUGAGGACCCAGGAUCCAAGAGUUAUAACAGUAUGUCGAAUCUAGAAAAUGUCCGCAAUGCUUCUAAGUAUAUGAAUCAUAAUCAAAUUAUGUGACUUUCCAAUUUUGUAUCUCUUUUAUAUCUCAGAUACUGUUAAUA